UAUAUUAAUUUAUAUAUAUAGAUAUACAUACAUGUAUAGCUGCAUGUCAUGUUAUAGGGUUUACUCUUCAUUUCAUAUAUAAAUACAUAUCAGUUGUCUCUAUCUUUUGCUUUUCCUUCUCUAUUGAAUCUGGAGCUUGCUUUGAGAAUUUCUUACCUGCUCUGGUGAACCCUAAUAAGCUGAAUCUCGAGUGCGAAGAUAUAUAGAAGACUCAGAUUACGAAAAACUCAAAAUGGGAACCACAGAUUCCGACAUCAUGUCCCAAGGAGAGGUGGAGUCGCUAUUACAGUCAAGCGAACAGCAGUCGAAUAAUCAGUCAUUUCCAUCACUAGGCAGACAAUUGUCUAUAUACUCUCUCACCCUCGAUGAGUUUCAACACAAACUUUGUGAUGAAAGUGGCAAGAACUUUGGUUCCAUGAAUAUGGAUGAAUUUCUCAACAGCAUAUGGACUGCCGAAGAGAAUCAAGCACAAGUAAAUGCCCAGUUAGACACUGGAAACAGUCUCCAAGGGGCACAGUCUUUCCUACGUGAAAGUAAUAUUCCGACAGAUAAGGGCAUAGCUAAGCAACACAGCUUAUCGAGACAAGGCUCUCUCACUAUUCCAGAGCCUUUGUGCAGGAAAACAGUGGAUGAAGUGUGGUCUGACAUUCACAAGACUCAACAGCAGAAAAAUAGUGACCAUUAUGUUCAGAAUCCCGAUUCUGCUCAGCGACAACCCACGUUUGGAGAGAUGACAUUAGAAGAUUUUUUAGUUAAGGCGGGGGUCGCACGUGAGCAGGAUCAAGCCCCAGCACCACCUCAGCAGCAGCCAUAUGGAAUUUACCCAAAUAACAACAAUCAUACAGUUGGACCUACUUUCGCUACUAGACCUGUAAGGAGUGUUGGUGGUGCUGCCGUCACCAACGUUGCAACUUAUCAGACGCUUCCACAUAGUAGCAUCGGGGAGGUGGCAGGUUUCCCUGGGGAAAUGACCCAAGUUCCUGUUUAUACACAGCAACCAUCGGCUGUGUACGGAGGAAGAAUAGGAAAUGGCAGUGGGGCAGGAUACAGGCAAGGGCAGGUUCUCGGGAUGGAUUCACCUGUAAGUCCGGUUUCAUCAGAUGGAUUAUGUAAAAAUCAGUUGGACAGUGGUAAUCAGUAUGGAGUGGAUAUGGGUGGUGCAAAAGGAGGGCGGAAGAGAGUCAUAGACGGUCCGGUCGAGAAGGUGGUGGAGAGGCGACAGCGAAGGAUGAUAAAAAAUCGUGAGUCUGCUGCACGAUCUAGAGCAAGGAAGCAGGCUUACACGGUUGAACUGGAAGCCGAAUUGAACCAGUUGAAAGAAGAGAACACACACCUAGAGAUGGCUCUGGCUGAGCUAGAGAGGAAAAGAAAACAGCAGCACUUUGAGGAAGCGAUGAUGAAAGCGCAGGUCCAAACCAAGGCCCACAAAGCUAAUGAGAAAUUAAGGGCGUUUAGAAGAGCCAUGAGUUGCCAUUACUGAAGCAAAUCCGUUUUGUCUGCAUCAGAAACUAAAUGCUCGCUGCAAGCAGAGACGUAGGGCUGGAUGAACUGUAUAAUGCCUUUCUCUUGUUCUCUGAAGACCAAAAAUGAAAGCAAAACCAGUCCGUGGAACCAUAGAUACUUUAAUAGUUGUAGUUUUCAAUAAUCUAGUCGUAGUAUAGCUAGCCUUCUAGUUAUAGUUGAAAUACCAUUUGGUUUUCGGUAAUGUUGCGUGUUUUUGUAUGUUUUCUGUACAUUUCUAUUUCUGUUUCAGCAACAAGAAAUUAAGUUGAAGUUUGUAGUUUCAAGAUCACUUGUAUAAUGGAACUUUUGCUUGCAAUACAACACAAAUUUGAAAUCAAACA